AAUGACAAAAGAGAUAUCCCCAUAUAUUGAAGAAAUUUUCCAUGGCAAAAGCAGCUAAACAUCUCACAGAUAAGAGAUAAAUUGGAAUAAACAGCUGUCAGUGUUAAAUAAAUAUCCUGGAUAAUGUGCAGGACAGAAAUAACUACAGCAUCAUCAAACUCCUUUCUUCACUUUAUUUAGCUGUUCUUGCAUGUAGCUCCCAACUUUGCACUGCUUCAGUUUGUGGAGCAUUUAUUUUUGAAUCAGCUGCAUUUGUUAAGACUGUAACAACGAAAGGCAUUUCCUGAGAGGCUGCAAGGAUGAGCAGCAAGAAAGAACAACAGCUAAGAAAAUACGGGACCCUAGUAGUGCUUUUUCUCUUCCAAGUUCAGAUUUUUGGUUUCGAUGUUGACAAUCGACCUACAACAGAUGUCUGCUCGACACACACAAUUUUACCUGGACCAAAAGGGGAUGAAGGUGAAAAAGGAGAUAGAGGAGAAGUGGGCAAACAAGGGAAGGUUGGACCAAAAGGACCAAAAGGAAAUAAAGGACCUGUGGGGGAUAUUGGUGACCAGGGAAUGCUUGGGAAAAUCGGUCCAAUUGGUGGAAAGGGUGACAAAGGAACCAAAGGCUUACCAGGGGUUUCUGGAAAAAAGGGAAAAGCAGGCACGGUCUGUGACUGUGGAAGAUACCGCAGAGUUGUUGGACAACUGAAUAUCAAUGUUGCUCGGCUUAACACAUCCAUCAAGUUUCUAAAGAAUGUUAUAGCAGGUAUCAGGGAGACAGAUGAGAAAUUCUAUUACAUCGUGAAAGAAGAGAAGAAUUACAGAGAAGCCUUGAUCCACUGCAGGGACAGAGGAGGAACACUGGCCAUGCCUAAAGAUGAGGCAACCAACACCCUGAUUGCUGACUACUUUGUGUACGCAGACAACAGCCCACUGCAGAACUACAGUAACUGGAAGGAAGGAGAGCCUCACGACCCAGCUGGCCGUGAGGACUGUGUGGAAAUGCUCAGCACGGGAGAGUGGAAUGACUCCGAGUGCCAAGUCACCAUCUACUUUGUCUGUGAAUUCCUCAAGAAGAGGAAAUAA